UCAGCGAGAAGCAGAAGUGAAGAAUCAUGUCCGUGCGGUGGCCAUGACUGACUCUGUCCAUAACGUCUGGCACCAGGAGGCCAACAAGUCCAUUCGGGACUGGCUCAGAGAGCACUGCUGUAACUGGGUGUUGAGUCCUGAGCCCCUGGAUACUCUGGUGGACCCCAUGCUUAAUGAUUGCCCCCGUGUUUCAGCAGGUACUGAGAAGCACGAGUUAACAUCAUGGAAGAGCUUCCACUCCAUCUUCAAGUUCUUCAGCGAUGCCCUUAAGGACCACGAGGAUGAGUCCUCCUCCAGUCCGGUCACCACACGGAGCUCACACCGCAUAAAAAACGAAGACUUAUAGAGGGCUCACAGAUCCCAAACCAGAGCCCACCUUAGUCCCCUCCUAGUUAUUUUUCUCCUCUGUUCUUUUUAUGAAAAAUAUUCCUCCUUGAAGCCCUCCUCCCAGUGAAUUGUACGACUCUGAGGAGUGCAGGGUCAGCCUGUAUACAUCAGAAUAGCGUUUUGCAUUACUUCUGGAUGAGUGCAACUGUCAAAGCAAUAUGGCUUCACUGCUUGUGCCUCAUGUGGGCCGCUGUGUGGAUUUGGUGGUGGCCCAUCGGUGGCCAGAUUAAGGCUGACAGGCAGCGCCGCACACCGCCUCUUGAUGCACCUCUAAUUAUCCUGACAGUGUCCUGAACUGAGCUAAUGCCUGGGAAGCACCUGCACACACACACACACACAAGUCUGGCGGGUCGUAGUGCCUGCCUGCAAAGUCUUUGUAUCUCUCUUUGGUUUCCCACCCCGUUGUUUCAUUGUUUCUUUCCAGGGUCUCACUUGCAUUUAAAGAACUUGUGCGCUUGGGAACUUUGUGUGUCAGAUGCUAAAGGCUCAUUCAUAAACAUAACACUUUAACUGGAAAAAAGCAACUUGCAGAAUCAAACAUUCAUUCAAUGGCUAUCUCAAGACUAGAUUUAGAAUGAACACAAUGAAGUAAGCCAUUGACAGCAUGACAGGUUGAAUGAAUCCUCCCAGUUUUUAAAUCCCUUAAAACCUUGUGCGAGCAUGAGUUUUAGGAAUAUCUCCCUUUGACAGAGCAGAUAUGCGAGUCUUGGAAUAUCUUCGUAUGUGUCAGGAUCAGGACGGUUUAAUGUUAUCCAAAGUAUAAAAGCCAUUCCUUAAGGUGUUUGCAAAUGUAACCUGCCCUUUUUGCAAAGUCCAUGACUAUUUGGACUGUUUUAACACAUCAUUGUCAUCCUCUGCUAAAGCUAAAGCAUGUUAUGUUACUGUCUCAGCAAAGACAAGAGACAUUGUCUCCUGGACAAUUUGGUAUUAAUGGAGGCUUAAAGAUAUGUCAUUCAGGCAUGUCAACAGAUCACUCUGCUUUCGCUUAAAAAUUAAUCUCACAGUAAAAGGCUGUUUUGGUCUCAUCACUUUUUAGAAGUAUCAUUGCUAUUUCAGAUU